CAAUACUUAUUCAUCAUGCCUGUGGACUGUCAAAGAUCCACAUCUGGGGGAAAGGGGAAUCUCGGUAUAUUUAUAGAGAGAGAUCCAAAAGUUUGCGCAGCUGGUUUGCCAACAGCUCAGCCUGAUGACAAAGUACCAGAUUUUUUGGAACAUUACCUCUUAAAGGAUGAGGCUGACGCUCUUAUAAGUGAUGCCAUUAUCCCUGAUGCAAAACCACGAUCAUUACCACCUUUACGUCAUCCGAUACCGCUGGACAUGCGCUAUGCUGGACCUUUUGGAGAUGUAGCUCAAAUAAUAAAUCCACCAAUAAAAACAAAGUUUCAAACAUUGGUUGACGAUUUCAAAGAUACUGCCUAUAAGUCGUAUUGGAAGAAACCGCUUGGAAAGGUACAAGACCCAGUGCCUAUGUUACCAGAGGGAUUUGAUACAUUUGGUACGACGUUUGGGAAAAAGACACCAUUCCAUGGACGCUUUUAUGACAUAGUGAUGCCGCGCGUGCCGUAUCCUGAUAAAACUCCACAUUCAGCUGAGCCUGGGGUUCAAGCUAGUCGAAAUUACUGCUCACCUCCUUAUCGACCCGAUGUUACAUAUGGACAUAGAACAUACGUAGAUAAACGAGGAACAUAUGCAAGAUGUUGUUUGACUGACGACAGAAUUACUUUGGGCACAGGAGCACGAACUAUAAUAAAUACGCUACAAUGUAACUUUCAGGACCUUACACAGCCCAGAAUAGGAAAAGUCUUAGCUCCUAAUGACAACAUUAAUGUAGUACCAAAAGGAUAUUCUUUCGGCAAACUUAAACCUCCUGAUAAUCUUCCAGAAUGUCUUACAACUUGUGAAAUUAAUCCUGAAAAGGAUUUUUUCAGAAAAUGCUUAAAACACCUCAAUUCGUUGCGAAAAGUUUUGUCUAGGCGCUUUUUACCGACAUUCUAUCAUAAUUUUUAUCUGAGUCUCAAAUAUUUUGAUACGGAUAAAACUGGUUGGCUCCCAAAAGAGACAGUUUACGAAUACUGCGCCACUAAAUUAAUAAGAUUUGAUUCCUCCCUAAUUGAACCAUUGCUAUCGAUGUGGCAAGCCUUCGACGGCUCUAGAAUAGAAUAUAAAACUUUCGUACAUGUUAUAAAUUACAGAGAACCUUCGCCUGAAAUGCCUAAAAUACCUGAUAUACCACCAGAAUGUCUUGAUUUUCGAACAACUUACUCUGAAAUGGUCAAACCUGGUCAAGUAGCAGACAACAGUCCGAUGGCUGGAUUACCUUCUGGAAGAUAUUUUGAUCUAGACUAUCCAGUAACUCCUGAAAGAUAUAGCAAGGCAGACAGAACAUGUCUUCCUCAUGAAUCUGAUAUGAAAUCGUGUCUUGCUCCUAGUGUGUUAACUCUAUUUCAUGUUAGUCAUAGAGAUAUGUAUGCGAAACGAGAACCUGACGUUGUAAGGAGAGUAUUUGAAGCAACCGGAGAAGAACUCAGCGAUGAAAGAUUUGAAUCUAUUUGGGAGGACGCUAAAAAAUACCAUUCCCAAGGUUGGGUCUGCUUUGAAACAUUUCGACGAGCCCUGGAAAAAAUUAACGGUAAUAAUCAAAAACCAUCGUAA